GCUUGCUGGGUCAUACACAAUGCGAUAAAGAAGAGUUGCUCUCAGCCGGAAUUAACUAUUUGCAUAAUUAGACAAGGUUGCAUCCCUCCGCUAAUUAACAUGUUAAACUACGUUGACAAUGAUAUUAUCUAUGUCGCUCUUCAGGCUAUUUGGAUCAUUCUACAACUUGGCGAGAACCUUUCGACGGAACGGAACGGCGAAAAUCCAUAUGCGUUGAUCAUAGAGGAGUGCGGUGGAACGGAACGUAUAAAUUAUUUCCAAUUCCAUGAAAACAAUGAUAUCCAAUCGAUUGCAUACCAAAUUAUAGAUAGGUUUUUUUUUGACGAUGAAAAUGAAUCCAUAGGCGAAAAAAUUGAGGUAAAUGUGCAUUCGGAAGGUUCGGGUAGUCAACAACGACAACAACGGCAACAGCGACAAAAUGAUGAAUUCCAUUUUCACUGGAGGUAG